GGUCGCUCAUGCUUUUGAAGCUCCCUGUCCGCUUUGCGCGAACAUUCCAACCUCUCAACUUUCCAUCAAUCUUUUUUUGAACCCAUCCAUCGAUCAACCGGUUUGCUUAGCUAUUUUCAUCUCGCCGACAACGGCAUUGUUCGAUUCAUUUGAAAGAGCUUCACCUGCUGUGGGAAGCCAAAGGCUCAGAGCAGGCCAACUGCUGCAUCUCACUCACUUCACCUUUCUCAGGCUGCCACGGUCAAUCUGAACAUCGCGCUUACCGCCCGCCAAUAUGUCGCGCAACGGAACCACCCUCUACGUGACCGGCUUUAGCCACGGUACUCGCGCGCGCGACCUCGCGUACGAAUUCGAGCGCUACGGAAGAUUGGUCAGGUGUGAUAUCCCGGCCCCUCGCUCUGCGAGCAGCAGGCUGUUUGCGUUUGUGGAGUACGAGGAUCGCCGCGAUGCGGAUGAUGCGUACCAUGACAUGCACAACAAGCGCAUUGGGCGCGACGACAUCCUUAAGAUUGAAUGGGCUCGCACUCCUCCGUCCGCGUCGUGGCGGUUUGACCGCAGUGACCGGGACCGUGGGCCUCGGCGUUCCUCUCCUCGCCGUAGGUCUCCUAGCCCCCGCCGCCGGGAUUAUUCGCCUCGCAAGGACGAUCGUCGCGACCGGGACCGCGACCGAGACUAUGAUCGUGACCGCCGCGACACCCGUGAUCGCUCCCGCAGCCCCGUGGAUCGCGAUAGGGACCGUGAGAUGAAGGACCGCGACCGCGACCGCGAUGAGCGUGACCGCCGGGAGAAUGGCGCCAACGAUGACGACAGGAAGCCCAUCGAUAGCCCUGGACGGCCGGCCCAUGACGACCUGGACGUCGCCGAGUAAUGACGGCGUCUCCUUCACGGUUUCUGGCUGUAAGAAUGCUUGCACACUUGGUCUGCUCUUUCCUCGUCCGGUGGACUACUGAUGUUGGGCGCCUCUGGGCUUUCAACUUGACCAAGCUUUCAUUCUCAUUUCUAGCUUCACACGGCCGGGCCCAGUUCAUCGGUUCCGUGUUUCACGGAUGCGUUCCAAUAUCGAUGGUACGGGAGAGGCACUGGCAGCGGCGAAUCCUGGAGACCGAACGUAGAUCUGACUCUGCAGUCAGCUUUUCUCUUCACCUUCUCAAC